AUGAACAACAAUCGUUUUGCUAAUGUUGCUGUGCUCUCACAACAGCAGAAUGGACAAAACUUGACACAGACAAUGCAACAGCACACUUCAACACCAAUGAGCAACGGUUCAACCACGACAAACUCUACAACAACACAUAACCAAGCGGUGUCCGGAACUUUACAGCCUCAAUCUGUCGGUACAUUGGGCCAAUUCAGUUCUGGAUUACAAAAUUCACAACAGUUUCAAGGGUUACAAUCAGUAUCAAAUACAGGAACUAAUUCUCAAAAGGAUCCAUCUUGGUUCAAUAACCCAACAAAGAGGGCUAUUCCACAAAAUAUUGUGAAACGUACAAUGAGACCACAGUCUGAUUCUGGUGAAAUUACACAUUCUCAAUCAUCUACUGCAUUAUCUAGUAGGUCAGGAUUUGACACAAUGUCAUUUGGAUCAAGAAAGAAUAAAACUAUUUUUAGUAGUUCAAAUCUACAAUCAUUAAAUACUGAUAAUAUUCUUGGUGAUUCUAAUGACGCACCUCCAUCUGUUUCUAUUCAUGAUUGGCAAAGUGAGGAUCAGUUCAGUGGCUCAAUGAAUCUUGGUGUCAAUGGACCAACUCAAUUUGAAAAUCAAAGUAUGUUGAUGAGUCAGAUGGCAACUCCUCGUAAUGACAAUUCUAAACAAAUACCGAAUUUGUUUAAAAGCUCAAAUGCUUUUGAUAAAACACCACAAUCCAAUAUAUUUAAUAAAAAUAAAAUAACAGUUACAAAUGGUAAUGAAAGAUCUAAUGAAAUCACUGCAUCAUCGUCCAUAUUAAAUGGAAAUAAAUCAAACGGUUCCAAACUAUUCGAUUUUUUUGGCACGUCAAAUAAUAAAGGUAAAAGUAAUACACCAGAAUCUUUGUCGAUUACGGCUACUGCAUCCAGUCAACAACAGCAUUCACAGCCACAACAAGAAACUGCUAUAAUUGUGUUUGGUUAUCCUGAAUCUAUCUCCAACUUAAUUAUAACACAUUUUUCUCAUUUUGGUUCUAUUUUGGAGGAUUUCCAAGUUCUAAGGAGCGCAUCAGGUAUUAAUGUAUCUACUUUAAAAAAUAAGAAUCAAAACAUUACAAAUAACAAUGAAGAUAGAAAAUAUCCAAUAUUUACUGGAGAAGGGUGGGUCAAAAUUACUUAUGAUUCACGUCAAUCAGCUGUUCGUGCUCUGCAAGAAAAUGGGUCUGUAUUUACAGGAACUCUAAUUGGUUGCGUACCAUAUAGUAAAAAUGCAGUAGAGAAACUUGCAUCUUGCAAAAUUGAUAAGCAUGAUAAUAUUGGUGAGAAUGACAUAGCUGUAAGUGGAACUGUCUCACCUUUACAAGUCUUAGACACUGAUGAUAAUACAUACGGAGUUGAAAAUAAAAAAUUUACUUCAUUAUCUUCUAAUGAAAACCAAUCUACAAACAAGAAUCUAUCCCAAAAUAAUGAGAGCAAUCAAAUAAUGCCCCAAAAUGUCUUCCUUCCAAAUCAUAAACUAACAAUCAAUGAUGGUAAAUCUCUUUUUGUUCAUAACACAGAUACAAAUAACCGUAAUUUCUUACAAGAUUUAGAAAACAAAAUGCGUAAACAGGAAACUCCUAUAAACACAGGUAGCAACACGCAAACUAACGGUGUUUUACACUCUGUCAAUAAUUGGUUGUUUGGUUGGAAUAACCUGUAG